UCCAUUCUGUGGGGUUUCUUGCGUCUAAGGGAGGAGUAUGUGGGUAUAUUCGUUUUUUUUUUCGUUCUUUGCUGUACUUUUGACAUUGGAGGGCAAUAAGCAUUAAUCACAGACUGAAACGGGAAUAUAGGGAAUAAUCAUCUCGGAAGCUGCUGGUAUAGAAAGUUGUACCGUCAAGACACCAUGGCCCGCCGUGUAGCAGUGAUUGGGGCAGGAAGCUCUGGGCUGGCCUGUAUCAAGUGCUGCCUGGAUGAGGGGCUGGAGCCAGUGUGCUUCGAGAGCAGCGAUGACAUCGGCGGUCUCUGGAGGUAUAAGGAGGAGCCAGAGCCUGACAGGGCUAGCAUCUACCAUUCCGUCAUCAUCAACACCUCCAAAGAGAUGAUGUGUUUCAGCGACUUUCCCAUCCCGGCUCACUUCCCCAACUACAUGCACAACACCCUGAUCAUGGACUACUUCCGCAUGUAUGCAGAGCACUUCCAGCUCAUGCACCACAUCCGCUUCAAGACCGCUGUCUGCAGUGUGAAGCAGAGGCCUGACUUUUCUCGAUCAGGGCAGUGGGAGGUGGUGACCGAGAACAGGAACGGUAACAAGGAGAAGCAUAUCUUUGAUGCUGUGAUGAUCUGUGUAGGACACCAUGUUCACCCCCAUAUCCCCCUGAAAGACUUUCCAGGAAUCGAAACAUUCCAGGGGAAGUACUUCCACAGCCGUGACUACAAAACCCCAGAAGAGUGGCGAGGGAAGAGAGUGGUGGUGAUAGGGAUUGGGAACUCUGGAGGAGAUAUCGCUGUGGAGCUGAGUAGAGUCACCAAGCAGCUGUUCCUCAGUACGCGACGGGGUACAUGGAUCCUGAAUCGUGUUGGAGAUAAUGGAAUCCCACUAGAUCUGCAUUUCAACAGGAUAACAAACUUCUUGCAGUCCAUCUUACCCUUUGGCCUUUUUUGCAGUAUAGGAGAGAGCAGACUAAACCAGCGGUUCAACCAUAGUCUGUACUCUCUGCAGCCCAAACACAGGCUGUUCAGCCAGCAUCCCACGGUGAACGAUGAGUUGCCCAAUCGCAUCCUGUCUGGCACGGUGUUGGUGAAGCCCAAUAUAUCCAAAUUCCAGGGCUCUAGCGUGGUGUUUGAGGAUGGCACGGUGGAAGAGGAUAUUGAUCUGGUGGUCUUUGCCACUGGUUACCGCUUCUCUUUUCCUUUCCUUUCCUCCUCUGUGCUCGAUGUCGCAGAGAACAAGGCCUCCCUUUACAAGUACGUCUAUCCUGCUGGCCUGGAGCGCCCCACUCUGGCCAUCAUUGGUCUGGUGCAGCCGUUGGGAGCCAUCAUGCCCGUCUCAGAGAUGCAAGCACGCUGGGCCACACGUGUCUUUAAAGGAUUGAGUAAGCUGCCUCCCAUGGAUGCCAUGCAGAGGGACAUUAAAAUAACAGCAGAAAAGAUGGCCAAGAGGUACGUAACCUCUCAGAGGCACACCAUCCAGGUGGACUACGUCACUUACAUGGACGACCUGGCGCGGCAGCUCGGAGUGCGGCCCAACUUCUUGGGGCUGUUGCUGCGGGACCCUCGCCUGUGUCUGAAUGUGCUGGUGGGCCCCUGCACCCCGUACCAGUACCGGCUGUGCGGGCCAGGAAAGUGGGCGGGGGCUCGCCAGGCCAUCCUCACACAGUGGGAGCGGGUUUCCCAGCCAAUGAAGACGCGUUCUGUACCAGAGCCCCACCGUUCAUCCCUGCCUCUGUUUCUUACUCUGUCUGGCGUCACCCUGCUGCUCGCAGUCUUCUAUAUCCGAAAUAACCCCCCUGACUUCUUACAAGACCCUGCAGCCCUCCUGGACAGCUGGAGGAUGUACUUUCCAUUCCAGUGAUUGUAGGUGCAUGUACUGAGCUGGUUGCAGACAAGCUGCCUGGUAGUGUAAUUACCUACAUAUUCUUUUCUGAUUACUGCCCAUCAUCGAAUGAGCCUUUGACAAAUCUUAGCGCAAAGUUCUGAAAUGUCACAUUUGUUUUUCAAAAACAUACAAAACUGGCUGCAUCUAAUACUAAUUAGCUAAUGCUGAUGCUUCUCUAUAAGCAUUAAGAGAAGGCAAAUAUCUGUAUAAUUUCUAACAGUUAAACUGGAUGAUCAAUUAAAUGUGGCACGGUUAAGAGCAGCGGCAGCUAGUACCACAUGAUGCAGUGUGGUUAAAGAAAGGAGUGAAAGAGGCCAAAGAAGACUGUAGGAAUCCAACUGUUGUACAAUACACUGGAGUACAGUGGGGUUGGUGGCAGCUCAACAGAUGUGAGAACAUUUUGUCAAAUAUUGUUCAGAUUCUGCUUGCCUAGAAUACCUGGAGACAUCUUAUUUCAUGCCCUUUGCUGCACAGGCUAUGCUGACAAAUGCCAGGCUUGCCAAAUAUUUAGAACUGGGAGUAGAUUUCAAACAGAUUUUGAACAUUUAUGUUGCUUAAUUAUCAACUUUCCCUGUGGUCUCAGGUCUGAAUUUUUUUAAACCAGUACCUCUAUGUAGUUAAUGACAGACAUUUUAAAUCAGCAAUUUUAUCCUUCUUUGUAGGAAUCAAGAAAUAAAUAAAGGGUGCCACCUAAUGGUUACUCCCAUGCACUUUUUACAGUAGCAUGAUUGAUUGGCAUGUAUCAAAUGAGGAGUGUACUUCCUACACAUUUUGGGCCUAGCAAACUGACAGCACCUAACCCUGCAGCAUUUUCUGCUUUUUAUGGUCCUCUGCAGUUAAAAAGAUAAUGGGAACCAUGCACUUCAGUUGGUUUUCCUGUAUGAGAAUUAUUAGUUCCCACUCCUGGAACUUGUAGUCUUGCACAAACCUAGCUCUAAACAAAAUGAAGAUAUGAUUUUGAUUUUGUGAGUGCUUGAGCCAUGUUAGCAUUCAUUGUGUCUUAAGCUGAAUGACAAUAUCUCAUUCCUCUAAUGACUUUGUUUCUCUAAAUGCAAAUGUGUAUUCAGCCUAUUAAAGUCUAGAUAUCAAAUGUAUGGUAUACUUUUCAGCAGUUUCAUUUGCAUGGGUCCACAUAGACCAUUUCAGCGUGAUGAUUCAUAGAACCAGCCAUUUUUUUUCUGCUGUGCUUCUGCCUCGUUGAACUGAAAUGGCAGAAACAAACCGUGAUUAUGAAUAGCAGCCUUUGCCUAGCAUAGUUAACAUUGUUAACAUUGUUAACACUGCUAACACUGCCAACCAGUUAUCACUGUCUAUAAAGCAUCUUAAAAUUUUGAGAUUUUAACUUCCUGUCUAAAACGUCUAAGUGGAAGGUGUGACACAUGUCAUUUGUAAUUCUGAAAUCACUAUCAGUGUUGCCACAAUCAGCAUAUCAGGAAUACUUACAUGCAACCAGAGGCUAAUAUUAGCAAUAUACUAUAACAAAAUCUCUAAUUCAACCCUUCUGAAAAGUAACAAGAAUGGCACCCCCAUACUUCCAGUCUAUUAUCAAACCCUACAAUCCUGAUAAAACCGUUCAGCUCUGCUGCCUCUGGUUGUCUACUUGCUCCUUCAUGGAAGGGUCAGCCAUCUCAACAUCUCUUCUCUAGCCUGGCCCCCCAAGUGUUGGAAUGAGCUCCUCACAAUAUUCAGUAUAGCGGGCUCACUGUCAAAUCUGGCAUACUCUUCUCACAGCAAAAGCCACACUUUAUGGUGAUACAAGCUUGUCAUAAUGUCAAGCUGGAAAUAGCAGUAGCAGUGUAUGGUUGUGCACCUUAUUAUGGCACGUAUU